AUGGCACACAGUAUACCUCCAGCUCCCGACUUAUCACUUUUCUUUAAUCGAUUCUCCCAAGAAGAACUACAUCAAAUUGGACUUGCACUCAUUCAACGAUCACAAAUUUCUUCUUCUUCUUCUGACAAACAACAACAUGUCAUUAAUCCAGGGGUGUCACAACAUAUAUCUCGUACACAGCCGAUUGAUAACCGUCCGCUUAUCGACACAGUAACUUCUAUACCUUCUCCUUCCUUUCCUCCUAUUAUGAAUCAUCAACAAAUCCAACAGCAACCUAUCGUUUCAAAAGUAUGUCCACAUAUGGAAAAAGAGUGUACUCCUGUUUCAUCAUCAACUACAAGACGACCAGCAAGUGAUAGCUUUGACAACGUGGGUGGUAGCUCAAGCUAUAACAACAACAAAAAGCAGAAAAAUAACGACGACAAUCAAUCAUCUUAUGUACAAGCUGAACCUCAACAACCAACCCUCAGACCACCAUCACCUCUUUCUACUCACACACGACAACUUUCCUUUAAUAUGAACAUACUUAAACGUGCUGUUUCAAACAACUUGCCUUGCUUCUUUAUUACAUUUGACCAGUCUAUCGAAAUCAACAAUAUUCCGUCUAGUAUUCAAGUAGCUAUUAUGCUGAAGAAACUAUUCUCCAAUUCUCAAUUACAUAUAAAAGAUCUUUCGCUAUGUACUCAAGCUGGUGAACGUAGAUUUAAAUUUGCAGUAUCAGAUAAAGCUGAUUUUUUAACAUUAUUUAAUUGGACUUGGCCAGAUAACAUUGAAAACAAAAAAGUAGAGAUUGCUAAACCACGUUAUCUUCCAGAUUGUUACUCAUUGGUGGUCCGCUAUGUUCCAACCGAGGUCAACUACGAAAUUGCAAGAAGUGAAAUUAUAAAAUCAAUAUCAAGUGCAGUUAGUUUCUCAUCAAUCAACUAUCAACAACGUCGUCGUCCAUCUUAUGAUAUUCGCUUCUCAGUACACAAUCUUGAACAAUAUCAAACAGCUUUACAAUUAGGUCGUAUUGCCAUUGGGCAACAUUUUCUUCCACUGACAAAUUAUCAUACUAGUUAUCGUAUGACAUAUUGUACCGCCUGUUGGAAAAUCGGUCAUAUGCGUAGUCAAUGUCAAUUUCCAGUCUGCUGCGGAAAAUGCUUAGUUCCUUACACCAAUGGUGUUAAACAUAUAUGUCAAGAUAAUGCCUUACGCUGUGCUCAAUGCGGUGAGAACCAUUUCUCACUCGAAGCUAUUUGUCCUAUUGUUAAAAAAUACAAAGAUGAACUGAAAUUAGCAGUGGAUAAUGCAUUAUCAACAGGUGUAAUCAAAAGACCACCGUUGGUGGAUAAUUUACCACGUCCAUUCCAACUACAUCAUAAAGAAUUUCCUACUUUACACAAGGAACAAACAGUUAGCCGCACAGCUUGGCACACAACUGAUAAAGAUAUCUCAUUUUCAUCCUCAAAUAAUGAUAUGACUGAACUUAUAAUGCCUAAUAAGUACUCUUCUUCUUUAAAUGUUCAUGCUCAAUCCUUCUUUCCUAGCUCUUCCGAUCAUUUAUCUUCCUCGAUCAAAUCACCUUUUGAAAAUGCUCUUAGUAAAUUAGAUAGUUGGAAAUUUCCAUUUAAAACACAAAAAAGAAUUGUACCUAUUUUGAGCGAUUGGUUUUCUUCUUCUACUCUUAAUAACGUCUUGUCUCAUUGGGAAAACAAUCCAUGUCCGUCUCGUAAUAAAUUUACACCCGUGAACAUCCUUACAUAUAAUGUUGAAGGUUGGGGCACACGAGCUCUAGAAGCAAUAGACUUAAUUUAUAAAGUUGACAGUCCUAUAUGCGUAUUCACUGAAGUAGGAGAGCUUUGGGAUACCAUUAAAGUUCCUCAUUUUUCAUCAUUCCAUCAAAAAGGCACCAACCAUAGCGGGGGUGUUAUGAUAUUGAUAGGUAAACAUUUAAAAGCAACUAGAAUAGAUACUGAUAUUGAAAACACAGUGAUAGUAGAUGUGUUUGGACUUUCAGAACAAAUAAGAAUUAUUGGUAUAUAUUGGCCACAAGGACAAAAACGUAACCUAAAUGAUAUUUCGCCCUUCUUAAUAAAAGGAACCUUAUUAAUAGGUGACUUCAAUGCUACCUCUGACGUUUGGUGUAGUCCAUAUACAGAUCCACGUGGAACAACUUUAAUGAAAUGGAUAGAAGAUACGGAUCUUGCAUUCAUUCCAACUAAUCACCACUCCUCGAAAAGAUCAAACAGACAUAUUGAUCUACCUUUUACUAACCUAAAUAGAGCUGAUUGUGAAACAAUCUUUUUCGGUACAAGUGACCAUUGGCCACUCGUUGUACGUUCUCCUGAUAUAGUUGGUUAA